AGUCAUGAAGCUGUUAGAAGAUUGGAAAAUCACUAAGAGUAUGCCAUCGGGAGGUUUGAUGAAUCCUCCAAGUCUACCCACAGUUACUAUGGCUGGUGAUGAAGAAGGUAGUUCAAGUGUUGAAAACAAAGAAGUGGAAGGUAAAGGGUGCAGACAGAAGCGCCCGGCGCAGACAUUGUUGAGCCCAUUUACAGAUCCUUUGAGGAAGAAGAGGACGAUGACUGUGUCGGCUGCGACUGCAACCCCUCCAUGUUUUGAUCCAUCCAAAUCCUUGCCCAUUGAAGAUGUGAAGGCAGUAAUACAGUUUUGCAGUGCCUGGAAAAGCGAUAUCAGUGCGGAGGUGCAGCUGGAAUCAUUUUCAGUGGGCGCUGAUUUUUUCUACAGACUUGUCGAUGAAACCGAAUGGAUGAGCUCAAGGCACCUGGACAUGGCAACCUUUCUUAUCCGCAAAAGGCAACUAUCUCAUCCGUUGGUUUUUGGAACGGACUGGACAACGGCAGAUUGUUGCUUGCAGCAAUUUCUAGAGCCGUUCAAACCGACGGCCAGGAAACGUGGAUCGAAGAAGGCUGCUAGUUCAAACACCGUUGACCUUCCAGCCAGCAAGGUGAAGAAUUUACAUCACUUUGUGCGUGGUACGUGGCAACACGGCUAUGCCCAAGCUUGGACAAAAGUCCGGAAGGUGUAUUUUCCAUAUAAUCUGAAAGGGUCUCAUUGGGUUGCAAUCGAACUUGAUUUCGUAAGACAUACUGCAACCGUGUAUGACUCCUAUAUUGAUUAUACGAAACGUUCAAAGCUGGUUACGCUUCUGCACCCUAUUAGCGAUACGCUGGCACGAGUGCUGUUCGAUAUGCACUUUUAUGAUGAUUCUGAGGUUGAAGAGGUGAAGCAAAAGGGGCUGACGAUGUCGAUGUAUACGCCAUUCUCAGUGUGCAGCAUUGCAGAUGUGCCACAACAACGAGAUGGUGCGUCUUGCGGAAUGUUGACCGUCAAAUUCAUCGAGCAUCUCAGUGCUGGGAUGUCGGUAGAUAAAGUUGACCCUUUGAAGAUCAAAUAUUACCGACUCAAGCUUGCAAUUGAGGGUUUAAGGGGGGAGGCAUAUUUAUGAGGUCGGUCUCAACCAAGGGUUGAUUGCAAUAUUCCAACCAAGAUGACCAUACACUGUUAUUUGAUGGUCUGCGGGAAUGGAUAUUCAAAAGUACAUAAAGGUUGAGAAGGUUCCUGGUGGCCAGUUGGAAGAUUCAGUGGUUCGCAAAGGAGUAAUGAUUAACAAAGAUGUUAUUGCACCUGGAAAAAUGAGAAGAAAGAUUUUCAACCAACGCAUCAUUCUUCUUGAUUGGCCGCUCGAAUAUAAGAAAGGCGAGAACCAAACAAAUGCUGAGUUGCUUAAAGAAGAAGAUUGGGGAGUCCUGCUACAAUUGGAAGAAGAAUACAUCGAGAGGCUAUGUGUGCAAAUAUUGAAGUUUAAACCAGAUGUGGUUAUCACAGAAAAGGGGCUUAGUGACUUGGCAUGCCAUUAUUUUAGCAAGGCCGGCGUCAGUGGAAUGAGGAGGUUGCGGAAAACAGAUAAUAACCGAAUUGCCAAGGCUUGUGGGGCUGUAAUUGUUAACAGACCAGAUGAAUUGCAACAGUCUGAUGUUGGUACACGCGCUGGGAUAUUUGAGGUUAAGAAAAUUGGUGAUCAGUUUUUUGCAUUCAUUGUUGAUUGCGAAGAGCCUAAAGCAUGUACUGUACUCUUGAGAGGUCCUAGUAAGGAUCUGUUAAAUGAAGUGGAAAGGAAUUUGCACGUA